GUUAUUUUAUGUUGGUUUAAGUGUAAAGUUCACUGCUUCUUCUCCAAAGAUAUUGAGAUUUCAGGUCACUUUAAUUGAUUCGAAGGGUUAAAAUGUCCACUGAGAUAGAUGAAGUGGGGCUUGACGUGGUGGAGGGAGAUUGGGCAUUAAUAAAAAAAAUCCCGUUAAUUAUGUCCGAUUCACCAAACCAUUCGAGGUCUCGGUCGAACUCAGGGCUCAACAUUGUAACGCCCCAUCACGUUACGGAUCAUACCAUUCUAGACAGCGUUGCUGGAUUCAUUAACGAAGUAGUCCCGACGGCAAACACUGGACUCGUCGAUACCAAAGAUCAGAUCCAAUGGGCUAGCUUCGAACAUUUCGACUCAAAAGGUAUCUUUUUGGACAAGACUUACGAAACUGAGAAAGUUGGGUCUCCUGCUGUGAUAUUGGCUCUGGGGUACACUACAGGUGUACAGGUGUGGGCUAUACCCUCCAAUGGUGAGGCAACUGAAAUUUUAGGUUGGCGACAUGGUUACGUAAGGCUGUUGAGAUUUAUAGUAACGCCAUCUGUUAGUGAUUUGAAUAAGCGAGACGUUUUUGCCUCGAAGCGGCCCUUAGUAGCCAUUUGUGAAUGCAUGACAACGGAUUCUCCGUACAAUUCACUCAAUUUCAUGUCUUUGAAGACUGGAGAUCAGGUGAAAGCCAUAAAAUUUGGCAGCCCUAUUUUGGAUGUAUUUUCCAACAGCAGGUCUGUUGUAGUGACUUUUCAUGAAAAAGUUGCCGUGUUUGAUGCCUUUACCUUAGAAGACCGACUCAUCGUGACCAGCUGCUACAUAAGCCCAGGGUUACAACCGAAUCCAGUGGCGCUCGGAGCAAGGUGGUUGGCUUAUGCGGAAAAGCGCUUGAAUCCCUCCAAGAAGAGCAAUGGAGGAAACGACGGAGAAGGGGUUCAGAGCUACACUGCCACCGUACUCCACGCAGCCAAGUCUUUGGGAAAAGGGCUCAGAGAAUUUGGCGAGAGUUUUGCCAGUAGUCUAGCAGGGACCCCCUCUUUGAAACUCAGUACGAGUCCUAACAGUCCACAAGCAGGGGGUCAAAACGAUUUUGCUCAUAAGGGAGUUGUCACAAUCCUGGAUAUUGAAAGCCCCUUUGUGCAUUUCCUGGAGAAAAACGCUCCGGCCAGCGACCCUGUUAUAGCCCACUUUGCUGCGCAUACGGAAGCCAUAGUAUAUCUUAAAUUCGACCCGAGUGGCAUGCUUAUCUUCACAGCGGACAAGCGCGGCCACGAUUUCCACCUGUUUCGGAUACAGCCGCAUCCAGGAGGGCCGGCUCUAGCCGCUGUCCAUCAUUUGUACAUACUGCACCGCGGAGAUACGACGGCCAGGGUGCAGGACAUGUGCUUCUCGCCCGAUUCCAGAUGGGCGAGUGUCUCAACGCUUCGAGGGACAACUCACGUAUUUCCGAUCACGCCGUACGGCGGCAACGUUGGGGUGAGAACGCACACAACCAAACAUUAAAACUUAAAUAAAAGUUAAAAAAAUGAUAAAUUCACAAACGUCUUCUUUGCAGGACUGACUGUCGAAGGCAGGUCCAACAGCCCUGUUGCAAUGUUUGAAGCACCUUCGAGCUCCCCUUACCCGUAUCUGAAUCCAAGGUACCCACCCUACCCACGUCCUACAGUGGUGAACCCCUUGGCCCAAAUCAGGCAACCUGUGUACAUUCAGAAUCCAAAAUCGUCUCCUCAAAGGCCGCAGACAGGGCGACAACGGCUGUCUUCUUCGUCGGAAGAGAACGUUUCACUCGGCCUAGUGGCGUGUUUCGCUCCUCCAAGAGCUUGGUUAGACACACAAUCUCGCGAAAUUGCCGCGGCCAACAAGCAGAGACCAGUCGAGUCUCUGUUCGUGAUGUCGUGUUCCGGAAUGCUCAUCCAGUAUGAACUUGACCCGCACCAGGUCUCCAAAGUUCCCAAGGAACGAGUCUCAAGCGAAACGCCUAUCGAACUGACUGUUUGGGCCAAAGCGCAGUGGUUUCUGCAAAGGAAGCCCUCGUCCGCAGAACUGCCUCUACCCAUGACAAAAGACAGUUUAAGUUUCCUGGAUCAAGAAGAGCCUGUACGUAAAAAGAAGUCCGACGACAAUGACGAACUCUGGGUGUCCCAGGUGGAAAUCAUAACGCAUGCCGGGCCACACAGGAGGCUGUGGAUGGGGCCGCAGUUUACUUUCAAGACGAUAACUACAGGAUCACCUUUCUCUUUAUCAGAGGCUCAACCUGUUGAUCUCAGUCAUUCGAAACCUAUGAACAUGCCUAUUACCAAAGCAAACGCCGUAUUGAUAGAGUCAACGUCGGCGUCUAGUUGCGAGCAAUCACUACUGGAAACAUAUCAUAGGACGUUGGAGGAAGAGGGUGGGGUUGGAGAGUCUAAGCUCAAAGAAGAUCUAGCAGAUGCCAUGUUGGAACCGACGGGAAUCAGAGAAACUGGUGGGCGGUGCGUGAUCGUUCAAAUGAAACCGACGGCCGUCGCUAAAAUAGUCAACUCCGUGGGAGCGGUCAUUAACGCUCCAUCGGAAGACGACGACGAAGAAACGGAGGUUUUUGAAGAGGUAAUCCACGAAAACUGCGACGAAGCACUCUUUCGGCCCAUCGUCGCUCCAAAAACGAUAGCGUGCCGUGGCAAAACGAAACACUACGGCGACGACAUCAUAACGAAGAGUUUGGGCGCCACCACCGAAGUCGCUGUUACUAUCCUCAAGAGGGGCGCAGAUAAAAUCAAGGCCAAGUCGAGAGAGGCGUCUUCUAGAAACGUUAAGGAAAAGCCUAGAGACUCGCCUAGUCGUUUGCUCCUUGAGGAAAACACUAAAAGUGUCGAAAUCAGGGCGAAGCCGAAUGUCGAGGCUAAAAUCGUCGACAGUACUGAUGGGACUGAUAUUGAACCACCAAAACCUGUUAAAACCGAAUCAGAUAAGGCAGACUUUGACGUUCCACCAUUUGAAAGCGAAGACUUUUUCUCGCUGGAGACCCUGCCGAAGUCCGAUGCCUUCGAAGAUGCCAGAGACUGCGAGGAGGCAUCCUCGGCGCCCAACAAGGGAAAGAGAAAAACCAGACUGAAAGUCGACAAGUCUUACGCAUUGGACGAUUCUUCUGAAACGAAUACCUCGGAAGAAAACGUUCUGGAGGAAAAGAGUUUCACCAGACGAACGAGAAAGCCGAAAGCUAAGCUAGGAGUGAAGAUCGCGAACAUCAACAACGAGAAUCUGAACACGGAGAAGACUUUGGAGCAGCGCGCCUCGGAGAUUACUGUCAAGAAGUCCUGGAGCAGCAUAGCCUCGUCGAAGUCGGCCAAAGAGAAGUCUUUGAUCGACCAUACGGAAAACGAGAAAGACUCGAACCCGAGCUUGCCGACGAUUGAGUUUACGGAAGAGUUUACGGUGCGUUUACCAAGGAAAUCGAAAGAACCCUACAAUGCUCCUGAUCUCAUUGAUAUAAGUCUCCCUCCGGAGAAAAAGACAGCUGCGGAAGUUCCAGUGGUUUCCAUAACGGCUGAUUUGUUGAAACUGGACAAGUCCUCUGAUGACGAUAAAGGAGAGUCUAGCAGUUCACCCGGCGAAAGCGAUGACUCAGGAAAAGUUCCGGAUUUGAUAUUCGAGGACUUGACUGACUCGAAAAUCGCCCUGGUGGCGUCUACUAAGUCGUCUCGGAGGAGGAGGAAAAAGAAAUAAUAUGUUUAAUGUAUCUUGAAGAGAGAAGAAGUGAUGUGGUGUGAUAAUUUGCGCAGCCAAGUUGCUAGAAAUUAGCAAGUUUUAAAGUUUGUACCAUCUUUUUUAUCUAUAGGUUCCUUGGGAGGUAGUUUUCCAAUUUUUUUACCUUUGGAGUUAUGCUUAUAAAAUUUAACUCGCUUUCAGAGUUUCAAUGGGGUUGUUGUGGCCCAUGGAUCAGAGUGGCUUUGUAAAAAAAUAUUCUGCCGCUAAUGUGGAAUGAGAAAAACUUUUAUUUUCGAAGCUGAAAUAAAAGAGAAAUGAUGGUUAUCAGAAUAAAAAUCGUCUUAGUCAAAAAAGAGGCUUGAGUUAUUUUACUCUUGAUUCAAUUUGA